AUGGCGUCAGAAUCCAAAACCACAGAUGAAAUGAAGCAUGAUGCAAGCCCGCCACCACGUUCAUCGUCUCCAAAGCCUUCGGUUCACUCAAGAGCCAGCUCAAAACGCUCGUCCUCUUCAAGAUCUUCUGUCAUGGAGGCUGCCGCCAAAGCAAGGGCUACAGCUGAAGCAGCGCUCACCAAGGCAUCUUAUGCUAAGCGACAGUUAGAAAUGAAAAAGGAGAGAGCUAAGCUAGAUUUACAAAAGGCUGCAUUAGAAGCAGAUUUGGAGGCGUUGGCAUAUGAAAGGGAAGCAGAGGCAGCGCGGGUCGAAGCUGAAGUCUUAGAAGCAGCUGUAGCUAUGGGGAAUGACGAUGUACAAAGCCUAAGAAGUGUGGUUUCGCCACAAGUGAUACGACAGCGCACUGAAGAGUAUGUGCUAUGCCAGUCACAGGUUAGCGUACAGUCUCCUGCCUUACCGCAUCACCAUGAAAUGCAGCACACGGUGAACAGUCCUCCAUGUCAGUCAGCACCUGGAACUGUAGAGGUAAAGCCCCCACUCAUAGACUUCAGACCCUCAGCACAUGAGCCCGUACAUGCAGCUGAACAAUCCCCCGCACCAAGACCGUCACACAGUCCGCACAGACAACAUGAUCAGCCUCCUCCUCUUCGCCCCGACUCCCCACCCAUGAUAGACUUCGCCAAGUUCCUAGCGCGCAGAGAAUUAGUGACCACUGGCCUUACCAAGUUCGACGACUCACCAGAGAACUUCAGAGCAUGGCAGUCGUCAUUCUUCAAUGCAACACAGGGCUUAGGGCUCUCCUAUAGUGAAGAGUUAGACCUCCUCAUGAAGUGGCUGGGUAAAGAGUCAUCAGAGCAUGUGAAAAGGAUUCGCGCUGUUCAUGUCACUAACCCCAGGGCUGCCCUCCAUCUGUCCUGGCAGAGACUGCAGGAAUGCUACGGCACGCCAGAGAUGGUAGAGAACGCCCUGUUCAAAAGACUAGAUAGCUUUCCCCGUCUGUCUGCCAAAGACAAUGUGAAACUGAGAGAGCUCAGUGAUCUCCUUAUGGAGCUGCUGGCAGCUAAGGACGACGGUUACCUCCCCGGGCUGGCCUACCUCGAUACUCCUCGUGGGAUAAAGCCCAUAGUCGAGAAGUUGCCCCCUGGCCUGCAGGAAAAAUGGCUCAACACGGGCUCCCGCUUCAAGGAGCAGCACAGAGUAACUUUUCCUCCCUUUUCGUUCUUCGUGGACUUCAUCAACAUCCAGGCUAAAGCCCGCAAUGACCCAAGUUUCGCCCUGUCAAGCAACAGCCAGGCAUACAGCAAAGGUGAGAGAACUCCAUUAAAGCAAAGUGGUUUCAAGACUGCUGUAUCUGUACACAAGACAGACGUGUCUGCCACCGUUGACGCAGACACCACAAGCGCCACAGACAUUGAAAGGAAAGACAUUGAUCCAGCUCGAUAUUGCCCUGUGCACAAGAAAACACAUCCAUUAGAAAAAUGUAGGUCAUUCAGAAUGAAAACAUUGCAAGAACGCAAAGACAUUCUUAAAGAACAUAAACGCUGUUAUAAAUGCUGUGCACCAAACCACCUCGCCAAGGACUGCCAGACGACACUGAAAUGCGGUGAGUGUGAGAGCGAAAGACACUGCUCUGCAAUGCAUCCCGACACCUCUCAGCCACCGCCUCCGUCGUCUGCCCAACCAGGUGCAGAAGCACAGCCAGCCAGUUCUGCCCUGGAAGUGAGAUCGCAGUGCACCAAGGUCUGCGGCCUAAGCAGUCUCCCGCGCUCCUGCUCAAAGGUAUGCCUGACACGCGUCUUCCCUCAAGGUCAACCAGAGCUCGGCAUCAAGAUAUAUGUCAUACUCGACGAUCAAAGUAACCGCUCCUUGGCACGCUCUGAAUUUUUCCAGCUGUUUGGGGUCAACAGCAGCCUGUCACCAUAUCUGAUGAGAACAUGCGCCGGCACGACUGAGAUGACCGGAAGAAAAGCAGUUGGCUUUCAAAUCGAAGCAGUGAAUGGAGGUGUGUGCCUUGAUCUCCCACCACUCAUUGAGUGCAACGAAAUAUUGACCAACAAGUCUGAAAUCCCGACACCAGAGGUCGCCCUCGCACACCCUCACCUCAGACACAUCGCUCCGCACAUUCCCAAGCUGGAUCCUGAUGCCCAGAUGAUGAUCUUGCUAGGGAGAGACAUGAUACGUGUGCACAAGGUGAGAGAGCAAGUCAACGGGCCCCACGACGCGCCCUUUGCCCAGCGUCUAGAUUUAGGCUGGGUGAUAAUAGGCGAAGUGUGUCUUGACAACGCUCACAAGCCAAUCGUGAACACCUUCAGAACCCACAUUCUCCAGAAUGGACGUCCGUCACUCCUCACUCCUUGCCACAAUAGCAUCUGCGUGAAAGAGAGACUGAGCUACGGCGGGGAGCACAGGUAUGGCCACUCUGCACACAUGACAAAGCCUAAGCCAGCCGAAGAACAGCUCGGGCUCACAGUCUUCCAGAGAACAGACAAUGACAAUAAGAGUGCCAUGUCCUUUGAAGAUGAACUGUUUUUGAACAUUAUGGAAAAGGAAGUCCAUCAGGAUAAAGAGAAUAACUGGGUAGCUCCGUUGCCAUUCAAGUCUCCUCGUCCGCCGCUCCCCAACAACAGAGAGCAAGCUCUGUCCCGCCUCAGUUCUUUGAGACGCACGCUGAACAAGAAUGCUGAGAUGAAGCAGCAAUUCUCCUCCUUCAUGGAAAAGCUGUUCGAGAACAAGCAUGCAGAGAGGGCACCGCCCAUCCAAGAGAAACAGGAAUGCUGGUACCUGCCCAUCUUCGGGGUGUACCAUCCUCAAAAGCCAGGGCAGAUACGAGUCGUGUUUGACUCAAGCGCCCAACAGCAUGGUGUCUCCCUCAACUCAGUGCUGCUCACAGGCCCUGACCUAAACAACUCUCUCCUGGGCGUGCUGAUACGGUUUAGGAAGGACCUCAUAGCAGUCACUGCUGAUAUCCAACAGAUGUUUUAUGGAUUCCUGGUGCGACACGACCACAGAGACUAUCUGCGAUUCCUGUGGCAUGAAGACAAUGACUUCUCAAAGGAAAUUCAAGAAUAUCGCAUGCGCGUGCAUGUCUUUGGCAAUAGCCCGUCCCCGGCGGUUGCCAUCUACGGCCUGCGACGAGCUGCUCAGAGAGGUGAGCUUAAGUAUGGCGCAGACACUAAGCAGUUUGUUGAUAGGCACUUUUACGUGGACGACGGGCUAGUCUCCCUGCCCACAGAGUCAGCAGCCAUUGACCUAAUGAAGCGAACAUGUGCAUCACUCGCAGAGUCCAACUUGAAACUGCACAAAAUCGCCUCAAACAGUGUCGCUGUGAUGAAAGCCUUCGAGCCUGAAGAACUGGCCACAGGCAUCAAAGACUUAGGCCUGGAUGAUGAGACCCUGCCUGCGCAGAGGAGCUUAGGCCUAUGCUGGGACCUCAGCACAGACAUGUUCACCUUCAAGGUCGCCGUCGCCGACGAGCCUUACACCCGGCGUGGGGUGCUGUCAGUCAUUAACAGCAUCUUUGAUCCCCUGGGUCUGGCAGCGCCAGUGACCAUCAGAGGCAGACUGUUGCUACGAGAGCUGUCCAGCGGAGUUCAGGACUGGGACACUCCUCUGCCUGAUGACAAGGUGAGCAGAUGGGAAGAGUGGAAAGCCUCACUUGAGAAGCUGAGUAACCUCCAUGUCCCUCGCUGUUAUGUAAAGAUGUCACUCUCAAAAGCCAAAUACACAGAACUGUGCCUUUUUUCUGAUGCCUCGAACUGGGCUAUAGGGGCAGUAGCCUACUUGAGGGCUGUCACUGAAGAGGGCCGUUGUGAGGUCGGAUUUGUGCUGGGAAAGGCUAAGCUGUCACCACAGCCUGAACCCACAAUUCCACGCCUCGAGCUCUGUGGAGCUGUUCUGGCGACUGAGAUGGCAGAGCUGAUUUUAGACGAACUGGACUUCAAGCCAGACGCUGUUAAAUUCUACUGCGACAGCAAAGUGGUCCUCGGAUACAUCUGUAAUGAUUCAAAGCGCUUCUAUGUGUACGUGCACAAUCGCGUGCAUCGUAUACGCCAGACAACGUCCCCAGAUCAGUGGCAUUACGUACCUUCAGCACAGAACCCAGCGGACUUAGCCACCAGAUCUGUAGCAGCAUCACAGCUCAUGGACACGAUGUGGUUUAAAGGGCCCGACUUCCUCUACAAGCCUCCGGAGAUGGAGAAACGUGAGCACUUCGAGCUGAUAGAUCCUGAAACAGAUGUGGAAGUUAGACCACAAGUGACUGCUCUAGCUACCCACCUUGAAACUAAGAGACUUACCUCUGAGAGGUUCCAGCGCUUUUCCACAUGGAAGUCUCUGCUGAGAGCCGUUUCCUACUUGAAACAUCAGGUGCGUUCGCACAAACCAGACACAACAGAUACACCACAGCACACAUGCAAAGGCUGGCAUCAGUGCAGUGGGCCUCGCACUCCUGAGGAGCGCGCAGCAGCGAAGAUGCUCAUACUAGAGACUGUUCAGAGAGAUGCAUAUCCAGAUGAAUACGCUGCUCUUCAGGCAAACAUAGAAGUCUCUAGCUCGAGUCAGCUCUUGACCCUUGACCCCUACAUGAGUGAUGGUCUGCUGCGGGUCGGAGGCCGUCUCAGACAUGCUUCUCUUGACACUGAGGUAAAACACCCAAUCAUCCUCCCUAAGCAUAACCAUGUAACCAAGCUGCUUGUAGAACACUAUCAUGCUGAAGUGAAACACCAGGGGCGGCAGUUCACAGAAGGGGCUAUCAGAGCAGCUGGACUGUGGAUUGUCGGUGGCAAGAGACUGGUGAGUUCUACACUUCAUCAUUGUGUGACAUGCCGUAAGCUCAGAGGGAAGCUGGAAGUACAGAAAAUGGCUGACCUCCCUCCAGAGCGGCUCGACACCCCCCCACCCUUCACAUACGUAGGGCUGGACGUAUUUGGACCGUGGGCAGUGAUGACCCGACGCACUCGAGGAGGUGCAGCGCAGAGCAAAAGGUGGGCCAUUCUGUUCACGUGCAUGAACACCAGGGGGUACACAUUGAAGUUAUAG